AUGAAUUCUUCUAUUCUUGUUUUGAUUCCGCGUGAGCAACUUGAGGAAAUUUUAGAAAUUUCUUUGUUGAGUGUCUCAAAUGUAUAUAAGAAGCCACAAAGAGGAGAAGAUUUAAGCAUCUUGCAAGCUCUUCUAAGCAAAGAUAUGACUCUUAUUUUCAUAGCAACGGUUUCAACAUGUGGGUCCUCCGUUGCAGCCAUUGACAAUCUUGGGCAGAUCGCCGAGUCACUUAAAUAUCCAAAUCAUUCCAUAAGUAUACUGGUUUCAUGGAUUUCCAUAUUCAAUUUCUUUGGUCGGGUCUUCUCUGGUUUCAUCUCUGAAACCCUUAUGACCAAAUACAAAUUACCUCGCCCUUUCAUGUUCGGUCUUACACAACUUUUCACCUGCACUGGUUUGCUCUCCAUCGCCUUCCCUUAUAUAAAUUCAGUCUAUGUAGCUUCGUUGAUCAUUGGGUUUGGCCUUGGAGCCCAAACUCCAUUGAUAUUUGCCAUAAUCUCUGAUCUCUUCGGCCUCAAACAUUACUCGACAUUGCUCAACUGUGGGCAAUUGGCUGUCCCACUUGGAUCUUAUAUAAUGAACGUGGAAGUAAUAGGGAGGUUUUACGAUGCAGAAGCCACUAAAAUUUGA